GAGGGAGAAAUGAGUAUCGCGUUGACUUAAAUAGUCCGUUUUUGUUGCUACAAGUCGGUGACAGCAAGUGAAGGCUCUAUCAAACACUCAGACAUCACCUCUACCGGGAAAUGCUGCUUCCAUAAGGUGUUGUUGAGUUGUCAUUCACCGCCGAGGAAACGCCAGUCUGCGUGUUGGUAAAGACUGUCAGCAUAUUCAGAUACAGAAGACCCGUCAGACCAUGAACUACGUGGGCCAGUUGGCAGGCCAGGUGUUCGUCCAGGUCAAAGAGCUGUACCGAGGCCUCAAUCCCGCCACACUUUCCGGCUGCAUUGACGUCAUCGUAGUGAGGCAGCCCGAUGGAUCCCUGCAGUGCUCACCUUUCCACGUACGCUUCGGCAAGAUGGGAGUCCUCCGGUCCCGAGAGAAAGUGGUGGACAUUGAGAUCAAUGGAGAACCAGUGGAUCUACAUAUGAAGCUUGGGGACAAUGGAGAAGCUUUCUUUGUGCAAGAAACAGAAAAUGAUCAGGAAGUGGUUCCGUCUUACCUGGCCACGUCUCCAAUCUUGUCGGAUGGGGCCAUUCUGAUGAGCUCCUCCCUGCUGGGGAAGAACUCUGGGCCGCCCAUACAGACCCUGGGCUCUGCUGGAAGCAUGGGAGAGAGUGGCGGUGUGAUGAUGAAGAAGAGGAGGAAGAGGAGGAGGAAGGCUCGGGCGGACAGCGUGAGGAGGGAGGAGAGCGGGGAGUACACGGAGGACGAAGACAUGUUCACCAUAGACAUCAGCUCGGAUGACAUGACGGAGAUGGAGAGCAACAGGACUUCAUCUCGGGACGCCUUAAGAGAUGAGACAGUCGGUUCGACCAGCGGCUCUUUCAAACAGACUGGUAUCUACACUCGUUCAGAUGGAGAGUGGAGUCCUAUUCAGAGCCCUGGAAACUCUCGUCCCACUUCUCCCAAGAGCGACUCUGAACUAAUGAUGAAGCCAUCAGACGCAGACAAUCAGAAUCCAGCCAUGCACUGGGCCUGGGGGGAGCUGCCACAGGCUGCCACGCCAUCCUUCCUCCCAGUGAAACCUGACCCUCCACCAGUUUGCCCAGUGUCCAUCCCUGUGACUGAAAGCACACACUUCCGAGUGAUAUCUCAUGAGACGUCUUCUGAACAAUGUGGACCCUGCUCUGAAAUAUCCUCACUUAGACUGUUAAUGUCUGAGGAGACAUGCGAGGAAACAAUUGGGGCUGGAGGUGUGGUGACUCGUGUGAUGUCUGACAUGGAGGAGGCAACGCAUCGUCCACCAGGAAAGACUGACUCUCCCUCCAAGAGGAAAGAUAAGAGAAGUCGACAUCUUGGUUCUGAUGGAAUUUACCUGGAUGACAUCACAGAGCUUGAGCCUGAAGUGGCGGCCCUUUAUUUCCCUAAAAGUGACAGUGGUGCAGCAGUGAGGAGCAUCUCAGACCCAGGCCUCCACAGCAGCAGUCUGUCCCCACAGUCAGUCAGCUCUGGAGGAGACAGCGGAGUGGACAGCUACUGCGACCUCAUGGGUGACAUGCCAGCUAUCGCCAUCUCUUUGUGUGGAGGACUCAAUGACAACAGGGAAAUCACUAAAGAGCAGUUCCACGAGAAGAUCAUCUCUUACCAGCAGUUUGCAGAAAAUCCCUCCAUCAUUGACGACCCCAACUUGGUUGUGAAAAUUGGCUCAAAAUACUAUAAUUGGAGCUCUGCGGCUCCACUUAUGCUGGCUAUGCAAGCCUUUCAGAAACCGCUGCCAAAGGCUGCUGUGGAGAACAUCAUGAAGGAGAAGAUGCCCAAGAAAGGAGGGAGGUGGUGGUUCUCCUGGAGAGGCAGAAACAGCAGCACCAAAUCUGAUUCUGUCUCCGAGUGUGGUGCCUGUGGUUUUGCUGAGCAGGCUGGGAAAAUGUCAAGCAGACAAGAAGAGUCAUCCUCUAGUGAUGAAGACCACAGAGCAGCCAUGCAGAGCUCAGCCAGCGGCCAAUCAGAGCCCGGGCUCUCAACAGGAGGCGUGUCUUAUAAGAAAACACUCCGACUCACAUCAGAGCAGCUGCUGUCUCUCCAGCUGCAGGACGGUCCUAAUGAUGCUGUGUUCAGUGUGACCACUCAGUACCAGGGAACCUGUCGCUGUCAGGGCACCAUCUACCUCUGGAACUGGGACGACAAGAUAAUUAUCUCCGACAUAGAUGGAACCAUCACCAGGUCGGACACAUUGGGUCACAUCCUGCCCACACUGGGGAAAGACUGGACCCACCAGGGCAUUGCACACCUCUACCACAAAGUCAGCCAAAACGGCUACAAGUUCCUGUACUGUUCAGCUCGGGCUAUCGGCAUGGCUGACAUGACCAGAGGUUACCUCCACUGGGUCAACGAGAGAGGCACCAUGCUCCCUAUGGGCCCUGUCCUUCUCAGCCCCAGCAGCCUGUUUUCAGCUCUGCACAGGGAAGUGAUUGAGAAGAAACCAGAGAAAUUCAAGGUGGAGUGUCUCAAUGAUAUCAGGAACCUCUUCUACCCAAACACUCAGCCGUUCUAUGCAGCAUUUGGCAACAGACCAACGGAUGUAUUUUCCUAUAAAGAAGUCGGGGUGCCACUGAACAGGAUUUUUACAGUAAACCCUAAAGGCGAGCUGGUGCAGGAGCACGCCAAGACCAACAUUUCAUCUUACGUCCGACUGGGUGAGGUGGUAGACCACGUGUUUCCUCUGAAGAUACGAGCCUCCUCCUCAGACUUUCCCUGCUCGGACACCUACAGCCACUUCACCUACUGGAGGCAGCAGCUCCCCCGGGUGGAUCAUCCAGGCACUACACCUCCACGGAGUCCCCAUCCCAGCAGCUGACUGCCCGUGGCCUGCUGAGCGACUGACUGACUGACUGAUGGUGUGGUGGUUACAUGUGUGGUAUGAAUUUGUAGACUUUUAUAGAAGAUGGAGCACUUUGAGUGCACAGCAGAGAGCUACUUAACCUGCUGUGAGGACUCUUAUAACGCACAAGAUGGAUGUAAGUGCACUUUUAUGAAAAGAUGGCCUGUGUAGCCUUCUGACUAGAUGUAUGUAUAUGAGAAACUAUAGUAAUUUAUUGAGGCAGCUUAGCACAUAUAUUAUUUUUGAGUGAGUGUUGACAUUAUUUCUGUAGCUAGACCUUCUCUGCUAUUGAUGCAGACAGUUGCAAAGUGUGUUUAACAGACAAUAUAGCAUCUGUUCAGAAGUGCGUCACACAAUCACACUGUGCACACAUCACAGAGCAAGUUACUGAAACUUGUGCCAAAUACUCAAUGUAGAAUUUAUUUUCUUACUCUGAACUUUUUCGAGACUGUUAACGAUCCUCAAUGCGAAUACAUGUGGACUCAUUUUACUUUAUAGUAACAUAUAUGUUUGGAAUCUAUUAUUCUCUUUGAAAGAAAUUAGUGACAUGGAUAUAGUGUAUUAGAGAGCACAGUGACUGAACGUCUAUGCAGUUUGACAUGAUCCUGACAGAAGGUACAUUAUAAAGACGGUUUAGAAUGAAUAUUUAUUGUUGAGACAAAAAAAAAGAAAGCACAACAUUUUAAUGGUCAAAAAUAACUAUUGGUUUUCUCCCAAAAAAUCAAGACUAUAUGUGAGAUGAAUUGCUGAAUUAUUAUUUACAAAUGUUUAUUUUUCUACUAAAUCACACAGUGUGUAUGUGUUGUGAUAAAAAUGUCAUAUAUGUGGUGGCCUUCAUGAAACGCCUUUUAAUUCACUUCAUACAAUAUGUUCCACGCAUGUUUCCAUAAAUGCCAUUAAGUGUAUUUUAUUUAUUUAUCUGAUUAUAAUACUGACAGAUAUCAAAUGUAGCUUACAUUAUCCAUUGGUUAAUUUACUGUAGUGUUACUGCCAUUCUCUUGUUAUAUAUUAAAGCAAAACCUACGUCUAAAAAUCCUAAAAACUCAGACAA